AUGGAUGAUGAUGACGACAACGACGAAAUCAACACCGAUUCGUCUAGUGAGACAGAAUUGUCUGGCUCUCAAGAAAGUUCUGGGAAUGAAGCAGGCGAGGGGUCUCUAAAAUCCAGGCUAAUUGCAAGCAGAGCAGCCUCAAAAAAAAAAGCGCCACCAAAAAAAGUUGUCAAGCCCAAAGUGGCUGCUAGAGGGCGAAAGGCAGUUGAUGUUAAAUCACCCAAGACCACAUCCUUAGUUAAAGAUCUGGAAAUAACGUCCCAGUUUUCACCUUCUAAAUCGGUCCUAUUAUCACCCACAAAAAGGAUAGGUUUAUCCAGGCAGGCUAGGGUAAAGCCGUUACACUGA